AUGGCGUCCAAUGGUCAAAGUGGAAAGUGGGAAGUGGUAGGAAAAGGUGGCAAGAAAAGGGCUCCUAAUGAAGGGAAAAAGAACAAAGUUAAGGCUUCUGAUAUGCCUAAGGCCGAGAUCAUCAGUAAGUUAACUAACUGUAAAUUAUUUUGAGGAAAUACUCGAAAAACUCACUUAGUGUGUGUCGUAACGCCACGUAUGCAACUUUGGACUUGGGUCAACCUGUUUUGGGACUGAGAUCAAAAUUUGUGAUGUCAGUAAAAUCUGCUCAUAAAACAAUUUCAGAAGAAAGUAUUUUUUUUCGACAAAGUGUUAAUCAUGUGAUAAACUCACAAAUUACUAUCUUUAAUGAACAACAAGUUACUUAGCAGAGUUUAUCAGUUUUACAUUGAUAUUCUCUGUGUCCAGUGUGUUUCCCAUCGUGUAAAAGUGAUCGAGUGAGUUCGAAGCAGUCUUAAAAGUAUGUAUUUUAUUUUGUGUUAUGUGAUUGCGAUUAUAUAUUUCCUAAGUUCGAGAUAAAAUCUUUGGUAUACCUCAUCAGUUACUUUUACAUCAUUGAUGAGAAUAUUAAGUCAAAGGUCAGGUUUACAAGAAAUAAUGGUAAGUAUUAGUAAAAAGAAAAAGCAUGCUUUUAUCAUGUAAAAUUUUAACUUGUGUAGCUAUCUACCCCUGCAUACGAAAAAAUGUGGAGCUAAAUUUGUCUUUCUUAAUUAUAUUGAUUGAAGACAAAAUUAGUCGUACAAUGGUAUUUCUGUCCAACCUUAUUCCUGGAUGAUUUACAAAUAAAACAAUAGUUCUGGACGAACUUUCCUUUGAAAUACGUCUUGAACAACACAUUACGAAAGGUAGUUCGUCUGGAUGCAUAGUACAUCUUGUGCCUGUCUUUAUACUAGAGAUGCAUAACCCAGAUGAACUAUAAAAUGUUUGCCCAAGUUCAUCCAGACUGAUAAUGCAUCCUUAGAAUAAACACGGCCAAUGGCAAGUGGGGAUAUUAUGCCACAAUAAAUGAAAUUAUUGUCUCUUUGGUAGAAUUAUUUUAAGGAAAGGGUUCACAUGGUGACAGACCCACUCAGCCAUAGCUUAUUCUGGCUUCUGUAACAUGAAGUACCUACAAUCAGUGACAAAAUUGUUGAGACAGUGUCUUCAAAUGGGAUAUUUCAGAGAACAAGACAAUCAACACACCUCCCUCUUCCUCUGUUCAUUAAAAGUUGGGGUAUUUAUCGUUUCUCACAUGUUUCUGAAGCAGUGGCAAAACAUUGCUUCAAUGGGAUGGGGAGGGGAAAGAUUCAUUUAUCCCCUUGGAAGCCAGCAAAACACCAGAAAGGCCCCUUAUCAGGUCAUAGUCUCUUUUACCAUUGUUCUGAAAUGUUUAUAUUCUUUAUAAUAAGUCCCAAAUCCAGGACAUGAAUGCUGCAAUACUGUGGAGGAUGAUAUGUGAUAUGAUGUACCUAGAUACUCUGAAACACUUCUUUAAAGCUUUAAUAUGUCUCACUUCUUAAGCAACAUAAAAGUUUGUUCAAGGAGAGUCAUACCAUCUUGACAUGGUGCAAAUAGUGUGUAAAAAAAAUUACAAAGCAGUAACAUCUAUUUCAACCAUCAGGGGUGUCCCUUAAGGCCAGGACUGGGGAUUUCCCCUGGCUAUUAUGAGCACAAAGGAAAUAGAACAUCAAGAACUUCCUAGCCGUUCAAUUUCCCGCCUACUUGUUUCAUAUACCUGGCAACUUGAAAUCUUAGAGACAGCCCUGACCAUGAUUUUUUUCCAAUCUUCUUUCUAGAUCCCUUAGCAGCAUCCAAGACAAUUUAUCAGGCUCUGAAGCACCCUAAAGUUCCUGUAACUGAAAUUGGUAAUGGAAAUGUGAAACAUACAGCAGAUAUUCCUGAUGAAUUGCCAGCAGUUUUAACAGAAAGAGUUGCUGAACAGGCUCCUGAGAUGAAGAAACCCGGUACAAGCUUCAUUGGCAGCAAGAAAAAACCUGCCUCAACAAAAUCCCAGAAAACAGAUGAAGAACUGCUCCAGGAGGCAUUAUCAAAGGUGCAUAGUUAGUUAAAAUGCAAGCUGUGUAACAAGUAGCCUUUAUUGUGGAUCAAUGUAAGUUGACCUCAGUUAGUAACAUCUGUAAAACAGGGCCAAUAUCCUUGGUCUGGGCCAACAGUGGACUAAGCAAAUUACCAGAAGUGCGUUUCGAAUUUCCUUUCAUCUUAAUUGGCAAAUCAACAAUGGCAUUUUCAACAUGCCAAUCAUGGCAUGUAAUCAAAUCCUGGUACACAGGAGGGGGCCAAGAACAAGGACACAGACACACUUAUAACCAGAGUUUACAUGAAUCAAAUUGAAUGUGAGAUACCUUUUCACUCUGUCUAGAAAAAUAACAGAAACAUACUGCCAUACCUCCUUAGUGAAAGCUUUUGGCUUAUACAAUCCCCCCCCCCUCUCCCCCCUCAAUACUGAAAUUCCAGUUAGGUUCAUACUUCCCUUUUAAUAUUUGACACUCAGAGACUCUCCUCCCCUACAGAAGAUUUUGCUACCUUUUACAGUGUAUUCGCAUUUUCUGGUACAACACAAUGUUUGGAUGAGCAGUAUCCUUAUGGCAGAAUGGCAUUUCAUCUAGAGUGUUGUAAUUAAAUAACAGUGUAUUUGACUUCCUUCAAUGUCACAAAACUGGGAGAAGUAGAGAUUUUUGGAGUACUGUUAAUACAUGUAGCUUGUCUCACUUCUCACAUCACUUUGACCUUUACGUUUCAGCUUGAUCUUGAUGAGUUGACAGCAAUAUUGACAAAUCUGGAAUCAUCCUUUUCUAAUAACCCUUCGGUCGGUAAUUUGAAUCUAAUAAGUGGCUUUGUAUAUUUUCUUGAAGAGCCCCAUGGAGAGGAGAAGUUGUUACGUCCAAUGCCAUGGUAGCAAAAUUUUUGGAUGACAACAAACCUAACCGUCACUUAAAAUGUGGAUUCGCACUGUUUCAGACCUCAUCGAUCUUAUUUAAUUUCAUUUAAUCUGUCAAAUGUUUACGAAAUUUUCUGGGCUAAAUCCAAAAGGACUGUAUGUAAGGUUUGAAAAAGAAAAACAAAAUUUUUGUGUUGUGCUCACCUACUCCAUAAAGCGGGCACGUGAAAUUAGGAAGUUUCAUGUCAGGGUCGUGCAAUAAAUGGCUAAGAAAUGUACAAAAAAGCGUGAUGCACGAGCAAAGAUGUUUUUUCCCAAUCUUAACCUAUUGUUUUUUUUGCUGUUCGCCAUUGCUGUUGCAAAAACUCCCUAUUGUUGUCAUCCAGAAAUUUUGCCACUAUGGUAACAUGACGUCACACUACUCCUCUCCAUGGAAGAUAUUUUUGUUAACACAACUAGACUUAAUAAUUUGAAAAUGCUAGAAAAAUGCAGACAUACAGUCAAACAUCUAAAAUUAAUAUUGACCACCCUCAGGAGGGGGCAACUGGCCACUAAGGUUACCUGAAAUCAGCAUCAGAUGUGGUAGAAAUUUAAUUUUGGGGAACAGACACACAUUUAUACGUACACACAUUUUUUUAUUACUUUUUGACAAAUAUACUUUACAGAUUUGUUGUGGCCUACUGGUAGCUUAGCCUUUUCUAGGUGGGGUCAUCUUCUAUAAUAAAAAAUAGACAACAAACAAGUUUACAAAGUUGAGUAAUGGAGAGAGAGAACAAGAAUACUUUUGUGAUUCAAUGUCUAUAUCUUACUUGACUGAGGACUAAUUUUUUAUUACAUCGUAAUCUAAAAUAACGUUUACGGUAAAGACAAUUUAAAAAAUUAAAUAUUGUAACGGUUAUAAAAUUAUAGUAACAAUUAAAUACAAGAAGUAAAUUUAUACCAUAGCUAAUAGAGAGGACGUAUCUUGACAUAACAGUCCACAACAUCAAUAAGCAGCAGAGUUAGUAAAGAAAAAUACAACCAUGAAUGCAAUGUCCAGUAGAGGAGGCUGUUUAGUAAAGACAUUAUUUUACAGUGAUUUACCUACAAUUAUAGAGAAACUUGUCAUAUUGAUGCUCUUUAUGUUGGUGGUGGUUCAAUUUUUUUCUACAACUUCUGUUGUGUUUUAUAGAUACCUUUUUGAUAUUCUAUUCUAAAAUUUUGCAAACCUUUUUUCUUGUAGAUUUGGUUAACUGAUAUUAGUGCAAAUCUUCAACACAAGCUGAAGAAUGUUCCACAGAAGGACCCAGUAUUUGAAGGCAAACCACAAGGUAGUCUUACUGGGAAAUACACAUUACUGUAGCUAUGGCUUGUUGUAUUAUGGAUGGGCACUCAAACACAUUGACCAUUUUUUUUACUCAAAUAAUUAACCUCAGAGAAAAAAUGCUGUUCAAAUUCAAGAGAUUUCUCCGUCCUCCUUUCAAACUUGCUGAUAAUUUUGCAAAAUUUUGUAUACUCCAGCUUCAAUGAAGUUGUCUCAAGGAAAGGGGUAUUAAUGAUGCAAUAUGCAGGGGAGUUACUAAGGGCCUGGGGCCAGGUAUUUCAACCCUAACUACUAUGGAAUGAGCAUGAUCCCUGGCUACUUUCACAGGAAACGAAAGCAAAUAGGAGCAAAAGAUAGUCCUAGCCAUUGAAUUCCCCAUUUACUCAUUACAUAAUCCAGAAACUUUGAAAUCUUAGUGUCGACAGUCCUGCAAUGCUUGAUGAACAUCAUUUGUCCAAAGAGGAAGGAACUUCCAGCCCUCUUUUUUGGAAAAUUUAGCUCCCUCCCUCACUGGAAGAGGUGAUGCUCCUUCACUGCGAUCAGUGAUUUUACAUUGCAGAUUACAGUCUUAAAGGAGCUGUACCACAAAAUAAAUAUUUUAUGCAACAAAAUUUAAACAGUGAGAGCUGCCACCAAAUUGAGUAAAACAUAAAAGUAACCACUCAAAAUGUUAAAAGAAGAUAUAAAUAACACAGUAAAUACAAAAGAAGGAAAGAAUGGACAAACUUGAAGAAAAUUUAAACAGGCUGUAAUUGCAGUUUUUGAAAACUUGUCAGCUUAACAGUUUUUCAAAGUAUAUUUUUGUUGUUUGUUACGAUUGAUGUAGUGCUUUGAGAGAGAGAUUUGUUUGAUACAAAACUAUGAUUUUGUCAUUUACCAAUAAAUUCUUCCCGAAAGUAAAGUUCCUUAGCGAAAAAAAAGGCAAAUUAACCCAAUGAACUAGAGAACCGUGAAACAGCCCCUUUAAUGAGUAUAAAUGAUGGACCUUGCCUAGAAAUAUGCACAGUUGACAUGUUCUCACUUUUUUUUUUUAGACUACCCCACCUGCUUGUUCCCAGUUCAUUUAAAGACAUUUUUCCUUGACUUGCUGAAAAAGUGUCCAGAACCAACCUUAAAAAUUGUCUAUCAACGCUCAGUGGAAAACAUGGUCCAGGAGUUGAGUAAAGGUAUGGGUGACUUGCAAAUAAAAUCAUUACUUUUUUAUUCUGUGUUUGAAAUAAAUAAAUGCUUAAGAAAUUAUUAGCAUUUCAUUAAUUUUGAUAACCUGAUAUUUACAGGAUCUAGGUCUAAUUGAUUUUGCAUGGGCGUAACAGUGUUGUAUACUGUACUUUUUUUUCCUCCUGGGCUAAAUUUGCUUGUUAAACUUUCACAUCUGAAUUCAAAUUUCCCGCUAACCCUGGGUUGUCUUAACCCUGCCUUGAACAACCUGGCCCCGAGAUAUAAAUGAAUUGCUGUUGGUAAUAAGUGUAUUUUAUCUGGCAUUAAUAUGGAAUGGCAAUUCCUUAUAUACAAGUAGCUUGAACACUAAAAGGUCAUGGAGCUGGACAGGAUAAUUAUGGUUUCUGGUGACUGUCCAAAAUAUGUUUAUAUAAUAAUAACUCUACUAAUAAUUUCUUUACAAAUAUACAGACUUAUGAACUUCCUUUUUUGACCUUGGAAUUGAAUACUCUCAUGAUAACUUGAAUCUUAAGGUCUGAAAAAUUUUAGCUCUGAAGCUUUUGACUGCAUCACACAGUGAUUUGAGUAUUCAGUCACACUAGAAAAUAAGUUCGUAAAAAAACAUAGGCAGAUUACACCCCCAUCUCUAUUUAGUACUGGCUACUGGCUUCUGAUGUAUAACCACUUGUUGUCAGAUGUCUACAGGUGUAUGUAGUUCUCACUUGUUGACCAUUCCUUUUAUAGGAUCAUCUGCCUACGGGGACCAGAUAAUGUUACAGUUUAUUGUACAGCAGUAUCCACAGGUCACUUUGGAUUGCUUGAAGGAGGUAAUUUGAUAAAAAUUGUACAAACAACUUCUUAGUCAAGACUUGACAUGUAUUUCUUAAAGAUCCUUUUAUUUUGAACAAAUAUGCCAAGAGCCAUUAAAGGUGGGUUGAAGGAGUUACCCACUGUCAAUAAUCGGUAUUGUUUUGCCCCCAAAAUGUAUCCGUAUUCCACCAUGAUGAUGAUGGUGAUGAUAAACUUUAUUUCAGUGUCAGGUCUUCUAGCUGGCCAUGUAAGGCCUACUAACAGGCGACACUAAAUUAAAAUACUAUCGGCUCUAACUAAUUAAUAUGAAAAAAAAUAUAUUUACAAAGAAUAAAAUUUACAAAAAUAUACAUGACAUCCUAAAAAAAAUGCCGAUAAAACGUAUUCGGAUUUAUCAUACAAAAUAAUACUUAUUGAUUAAGAGGUGUCAUGGGGUGUUUUAGCGGUUUGACCCUUCCACAGCCCUGGACAUUCCAGUGUACAUGUAGGUUCAUACUGUCCUCAUUCCCCUUAGAAUUUCCAGUGAUCCUCCACCGGGCUGAUCUGGGGGUAUCCUAAAACCAUACACUAAAAGUUUGUGCUGGUGAUGAUGCCUUUUAUUAUACCCAUUUUAAAAUAACCAGUGAUCCCUGCAAUCUGAUUGGCUCUCAGCAUUGUGAAUUAUUUAGGUAUCUCACUGUUUUUUUUUUGUGCUAAAUCACGUCUGUUGUAAAUUGCAUCAUUUCUGUUCUAAAUUUCUGUUUUGAAUACAAAGUAAGAUCUGUAAAAGCCUCUUUGUUUCUACUUUUCAACAAAUCAGCAACUAGAUCAAUAAUUCUGUGAUUUCAAAACUGUUUUAAUAAUAUAGUAAUUAAAUUGAACUUUAAUUGCUUCAUGUAAUUUUGGUUGACAGGAAAUCUUACUUGUGAUUUUUAUUCAAACUCUGAUUUUAAAAUCAUGCACAUGAUUUCAGACCAAAUUGCACUCCCCUCAGUUCGAUUACCAUUAUUAACAUAAUUAACAAUUUUUAGAUGAGGCUGAGUAUCAUCUGAAGAAUUAUGGAGAUCAAGGAGGGUGUUGGCCUUGGAGGAUAACAUCCUCCAAGAUCUCCAUAAUUCUUCAGAUGAUGCAAAAGUGGAAUUCAAUAAUGAUAUUGUUUUAUGGUAUUACAGGUGUCAGCAUCAGCUGUUACCAAUGCAAUGACACAGUUCUCUGAAAAAAAGCAUCCAAUACUUAGUUUUCUCAAAAGUAGUAUCUUCUAAACUAGUUUGUUGGUGACAUUUUAUUUUUUCAUUUUAAUUUUAUUGAAGGGUGUGUCAUGGGUGAUGCACGCAAAUCUCUUGUGUAUACAUUCGAAACGCUUUCGAAAACAACUUGUUAAGUACUAUAAAAAUUUUUUGCGAAAAAUAGGUUGUUGCGUUAUGUGUCUUAUGUAUGUACAUUUGCAUGAUACUCUGUAGGUACAAGAUAUGCUUGAAAAGCGUAAGACUCGCACACGUGAGGCAUUGGCAUUGAUGUGGUGUGCAGGACAGCUGCCAGAGAAGAGUCUUGCACCUGGAUUAAGAGGUUUGCUUUUACUGAACACAGAUAACUAUAACCGAAUAUAUGAUGAUCAAAGUUCUGUUUUAAUUCUUAGUGAAUGACAGCAUUUAAUUAAAAGUUACCUCCUAUCUCUUAAUAAAAAGGACAAGUUUGACAAGUUUACAUUUAAAUUUCAGUUUGGAUUGAAGUUAUGAUGCCUCACUUAAACGUCAAGCAGCUGACAAAGUAUUCCAUUUCUUACUUGGAGAAUCUUUUAAGGUAAAAUGCUCAGCCUCUCUAUUUACAGUUUAAGUAAUGAUCCGGUCAAGAUGGGAAGCAAAUUGUUGUGGCACAAUACACUUUCCUCACAUAGGAAUGUUUUCAGUUUCACACAGAGAAUGCAUAAUCCUACAUAAAGGCUGUUUACGAAAUGUUUAUGUACAUAUGUAAACUCGAUUUUUGAAGGGUGUUUUCCUGUAUUACCCUAAAAGAUUUCAACCAAUCAUAAGAGUGGUAAACAAAAGCCAAGAAAAGUUUACAAUUUUAGAUGUUCCUCAUAUAGGAUUUCUGUGUUACUUAAACUCAGAUGAGAUUUUGUUGUAAGGAAGUUGGUGGAAAACAAGGGAUGAUAUAUAUGCUGCUUUGUGAAGAUUUCUUAAAAUUUGAUGUUCAAACCAAUCAAAAGUGUAGUAGAGACAAUGGUAAAGUUGCCACCUUUAUGAAUUAUCCAUCGUGUUCAUUGCCUUUGUUUUUUUCCUUCUUAUCUGGACCAGUACCUAACCUCUAAACAACUGGCCUAAACAGCUAUGUUGGACCCUUCCGAGCGAAGUAGAGGUGGUAACUGACAAUUAACCCUAAAAUCAUUUAUUCCCCCAACUGCUCGUUUUUGCCAUGAUGGUCAUUGCAGUAAGAGGGAUGGCCAAAGCAAUAACAUAUGUAACCAGUGGCAGUGAAUCCUACAUUUAGUGCAUUCAUUAGUUUUCUUGUAAUUGCCCGUUAAGCGAGAUUAUUAUAUUGAAGUGGCUGACCAAUGGAAAUCUAUCUAAAUUUCCAGUUGAGUUUAGAAGGUGCCAUUGCUGUUCAUUACAGAAAUAAAAGUUAGUACCGUUAAUAACCAAGGUAAUAACUGCUACCCCCAAAUAAGCACUCUCCCUGAUUAUCCUUGUGAAAGGCCAAAAGAAAUCUAAUUUACUUGUUUAUGGUUGUCAUUGAGGGCCAUGGGCCAGGGUUUUUCCCAGCUAUUAUAUGCAUGAUCCCUAGAUAUUUUCAUGGGAAACAAAGGGAAAAUAGAACCAGAAGAACCUCCAAGCUGUUUAGUUCCCCUCCUACAAAUUACGUAUGCCUGGAAACUCGAAAUCAUAGUGAGAGCCGUGUUUUUUUAUUCUCAUUACAGUACUUGCAAAUCAACAAGUACUCAAGAGACAGUUAUGGAAGCCAAGGAGUUUUUUGCUAUAAUGGAGCUGGCAUUUUCUCCAUCAUCACCCCUUGCUGGUAAUCCAAGGUAGGAGAGAAAAAAAGCUUGAGAAAGCUUAAAUCUGGAGAGACAAAACUGAAAGAUAGAGUUGUUUAUAAAAAUUAAUGUUAACAGAAAAUUUAACUCCUUUUUUCUCACGUUCUUCACACAAUUUGUAUUCCAGUCCAGUAAUUUUGUUACCCUGCAUCCUGCAUCCUGCAUUCUGCGUCCCUGAAGCAUAAGAAUCCCCAAAGACGCAAAAUAAAUUAUUUGUGGUAUGCAUCGAUUGAUCGAUCUGAAGAUGUCAAUGUAGAAUAUCCUGUGUGUGAUUUCUGUGGCUGCUCUUGUGGCUAUUGUUAAACAAUGCUUGUUUCUUAGUCUUUUCUGUGCUUUACAAUAGAAGGAGUAUCUUUUUAUCUCAGUAAACAGCAAUACAGAGUUUUGGAGGCUAUCUUCAGAUUCGCUGUGUGGUUACAAAAUUCCCAGGGACUCAUUGUUUCUUUGAACUGGGUCCCAAUGGUUCUGUACUGGUACUCAUGAUUUUUCACAAGAUGAGUCCAAGGACUCACCAUAACUACUUGUAACAAAAUUGCUACCAGUUGAAAGUCAUUGCCCACUGUAUUGCACAUUUCUUUGUCUUGAAAUGUGAAUUUUUCCUUUAGAGGUCUUUGGUUCAAUGCACUGUUUUUGUUUUUGUUUUGCAAGAAUCUAUCCCUUCCAAUCCCACAGGAAUACAGAGUAGCAAUAUCAAGUUUUCUUUUUAAAUUGUUAUGUUCUGUUGGCCCUUUUUUUUACUGUGCAAGCGUAGAUUGUUUUCUGAUCUACAGUGUGAUUCCUUCUUGACUUGAGUUAACCGCUUUGAACAACAACAAAACUGAAAAACUUGAGUAGAAAACGAUCAAGGCUUGGUUUAGUGCUGCCCAAACAAAAUCAUAUCGUAUUAGGUGUUCAUCAGUGUAAUUUGUAGAAGGGUUAAACCUUUAAAUAAUAUGUAUAUCUGACAUAUGGGACUUAAGGGGGACCAGAACCUUUCUUCAUAAUAUGUAGUUCCAGAAAAUUUCCAUACUCCCCCCACAGAAGGGAUUGGAAAUUCCUGGGGGCUGGGUCUCUAUGGCCCAAAAAUUUAAGUAAAUGUAUGAAGCUUGACUGGAAUUUCCAGAGAGGUGGGGAGGUCUAAGGACAAAUCCCUUCCGUUAGGGGGGUAUGGAUAAUAUUCGGAACCACACAAUGUAUAAUUUGUAAGAACUCCUAUUUUUUUUUGUUCUGUUUCUUUUGUUUGUAGUUUGCAGCGCAAGUUGUUAUUACUAUACCCUCAAUUAAAGGUACUACAUAGUUAGUACAAGCAAAGAACAGUAUUUUUACAUUUCAACUGGAUAUUAGUGCCAUGGUUUGUGCAGGCAUUUAAAAGGUCUUGUUAAGUUCUUGAAAAGGGGCAUUGCCUCUGUGAGAAUCAUAAAAGUACCCUGUAACAUCAUGUUACAGAAGGAAGGAUCUUUUUAUCUAGUAGUGAUAAUUACUUUAAUGUAUGAAUUUUAUUGCAUGUAAAUUGUACAAUUUUAAAAGGAUUUUAAUUUCUCUCAGAGAGCAACUUAAGAUUUAAGUUUAAUUAAACAAGAGUCAUACAGAAAGAGCUUACAAUAAUUGCAAUUCAUUUCAUUCAAACUUUACCUUGAAAUCAAGCAACACUAUGAAAUAAGUAAAUGUAAAUUGAAUUCCCAAACUUAAUGCAGGGCAUGGAAUUUUCCUUUCUUUCUCAAUUAAGCUGUGAAACAGGGAAAGUUUCAAAAGCUUAAAUGUCAUGCUUUGUUGUCUCCUUAAUAAGGAGUUGUUUGGGGCUGUGAUGUUUCGCUAAACUCAUGAAGUAAGAAAAGACCUAAUUUUUCAUCCACUGUCUUCAGAGGCUGUCACUACAUGCUGAGUCCAGUUCUGUAAGCAGGUUGUAUUUUCCACCCCUCCUUGGCCGUCUUGGCAAUGAUCUUCCUCUGGAAUAUCAAACAGAGGUACUGUAAAAAUUCCAUGUUUGUUCCUCUAUAUAACACAUGCAAUAAAUAAAUAGAUAGAUAACUGUCAAUUUAGAGGUAGCACAUCCACACUGUGAUUCUUUGUCUACCAUUCCGGAUUAAGUCGGAAUUCAAAAAUAUUGGGUUUUGAGGAGAGGGGAAAAUCAUAAUACCUGUUGUUAAACCUUUUGAAGUAAGGGUCGGAAAUAACGACAAACUCCACCCACAUCUGGUGUCACCUCUGGGAUUUGAACCCAGGCCCCAUUGGUGAGAGAUGGGUGCCGUCACCUCUGUACUAGUCACCCUCUCAAUUCAAAGGGGGUAUCUAAUGUUUACAAAUCAGGCUCAGGUUUGGACACUAGAAAUGCUACUCAGUAUUUCUUCUUUGGCGAUACGCUUGAAUUGUCUUCCACUUUUGGUUUUGUUUGGCAAUUUAUUCAGAGAAAAAUCGGGAUUCAUGUUACACUUUCAAGUAAAAAAUGGAACUUUGUGUUGAUCAAGCAAGUGCUUUAAAUAAUUAGGUUUGAUCAUUUGUCAUGUAGGUUUUGAGCUGCCUGGUGACGUGUUUAGAAAAAGAUGCCGAAUGCUUUUCAAAAUGGGAGACCUGCUAUACAGCAACCUUGCCACAAUCAGGGUAUGUUCAACUGUUAUCACCAGCUGAGCUUGAGUCAUUAUUUUGAAACAUUUAAAGUUAUCUUGAGAUUGAGGGAAACCUUGAAAAUAUUAGUUUGUUGAAAGUGGAAAAUACUGAAAGUGUAGUACUUCACACCAAAGAUUAUGGAUGACUUAGUAUCGAUUGGAUGAACUAGUGAAGUCUAAUCAUUUUUAGUACAAAUCAAAACUGCAAAAAUAAUUAUGAGAGUAAAGGUGAGAGGAAACCAUGGUUUAUAAGGCAAACUCAUUUACCUGAAAAAGACCCGUUACAGCUUGCUGUCAUGUGACCUUCCUUAUGCAAAAAUGACAGGAUGUAGCUUUAACAAUGCCCGGAAUGGAGAGAGAGAGAGAGAGAGAGAGUAUGAGAAAAUGAACCAGAAAGCCCAUUAUGAGGUGACUGCACACCAGACUAAGAUUUUAUUUGAGUUGGAAUGCAUAGAAAAGUUUAAGGUUUUUUAUGAGGAAAGUUACUGAACCACAGAGCUUGGAGCCCAGCGCCUUUUUCCAAUGAUACAAUUGUAUCUUCCCUUAUUCAAAAUUCCUUAAAAUAUCGCUUUUUAUACUAUAUAAUCUAAAAAUUAGCAGAACCAUUAUAUCCUCUUUCCAUCGCUCAAUUGCAAAUUCUAAACUUGUACACCACAGUUUUUGCAAGAGAAAAGUCUUGUGACCUUGCGCUGUAAAAGGGCCAAUUGUUGUUGUUUCACUGGAGUGAAAACACAUGCAAAGAACAAGUUUCUAUGAUAAAAAUAAGCAAGAGAAAAGAAACAUGAUAGAGCUAGUUUUUGUCUGCAGAAUUAUAGGAAGUCACGGGAGUGUGGAAGAGGAGUUUUUGGAGAACAUAAUAUCGUUCUUAGUGAUGGGAAAUUCUGUUUGUAUAGUGUCGCCUUCUUAAAUUUCAAGUUGGCAAAAAGAUAAAGAAUACAGUAAUAAUAAUAAUGAUGAUGAUGAUGAUGAUGAUUUAGAGGUAGCACAUCCACAAAGUGGUUCUUCGUCUACCUGAUUCCUGGUCGAAUUGGAAUUUGGACCCGGUAUCCAGCCAGGGCAUGUAUCUGAUACAUUCUUACAAAAAAUGAGUGCAAAUCGUCUCGAAAAAGUCUUGUCUGUAGAAGUGUUUACUGGAUUAUUCCAUUUAUCUUUUUCACAUCAAGGUCAUGCCUGUCGGAUGGCUUUACCGUGAUGUUAAAUUAAAAGUAUGCUUGUAUUUCUUUCAGAUUGCUGUUGAAUCAUUUAGUCAACACUUGGGACUCCCUAAGCACAGUAAGUGAAGUAGAACCUCUACUGUGCCUUACAUUGAAAUGGUCUUUGAGCGAACGGAGAGAGACUGGGAAGAGACGCCCCACGUUCUCUUGGGGGGGCGUUAGACGGCUCGCGUGCUUCGAGAAUCUAGCUGAUUCACUAACAGCAGUUUAUUCACAAGGGAAAGAAACCGACUGUUUUGCGCUCUAAGAAGUAGUCGAAAUGUAAUAUGGAAUUUUGAGUGCCGUUAAGUUACUCCUUUGUAUAAUUCACAUUGCAGGUUCUCAAGAGCAAAAUCUUCAACGUCGUUGAAAUAUUUCAAACGAAAAACAACUCACUUUUGGAAAACAACAAAGCAAAGGUAGGUUUCUAUUAGGUGGCUGGUCGCAGUUUCCCCCCCCCCCCCUCCCCUCCUCCCCCGUGGUCUCCCGUCGUUUGUUACAAUACUAUCUUAAGAAAAGGUAUGGGUGGUUAUUGUUAUGAAAGUUUUGGAUAACUUCGAUAAGGUGGAGCACUAGUGCUGAUUAUUUUUGCGGCCCUGAUCUCAUCACUUUUGUUCAUUACUGUAUCACAAUCUUCACGUUUAAAGAAAAUUGAGCUGGAUUAUUAUCGUAACACGUCAAUUAUGAAGUAGCGAAUAGCUAAUCUCCAAGGUUUCACUGUAGCGAAAUACCUUUGUAGCAAAACGGUUGGUAACCCUAUACCUGUUCUGCUAUUUUUGGUCAUUUUCUUCACAUAACAGGUUACCAUAGAAGCAGUAACACCUGUCAAAACACUCUUAAUUUUACCUUUAAUACUUCCAAGCACGGAAAAUUCAAACGAUGAUAGUAGCUUUUGUUGGUUGGUUUUUAUAUCUCUUUACUCUUAUUGCACGAUCAAUUUUUUACAGUGUAACUGAUUGUGACUCCAAAAUGUGACGUUGCUCCAACUAAUAAUAGUUGUAAGGGAUUCUACAUAAUGAGCAAGCAGUUUGUUUGCACCCCAAAAAGUAGUCGGAAUAAUGAAAUUGUUGUUGGUCUAAUUGACGAUUGGUUGUAGUGAGUCUUUUUUUGUAUUUUGUUGAUAGGAAAGUCUUUAAAAUUAGUUUAAUGAACUGCGCUUUUCCGAUACAGAUUUUGCCUGCAUACGCGUGGCUCUUUUAUAGUAAUCCUAGUCAAACUGUAGUGGGCACUGAUUACUACAAAGGCGUUGAAGCCUUUUCGCUAGUAAAGACAUGUAUAACAUUGUGUACGUUAUAUGAGAUGUCAUCUUGGUUACCUGUUAGUGUUUGUGAAGACUGUUUAAUAAUUCAUAAUUGAUAUAUAGCGUUUAUUGAGUGGACUCUUAUGCUUUGUUUCCCAUCAGAUAGGUCUUAGCAGCUGUGUGAAAGCUUGUCAGGUAAGGCAUAACUUAAUUUAAGCGAUAUUCAUGUUAAAAGGGGCACAAACAACGUGCCAACCUCGCUAGAUAUGUGGAAACUUGUCUAAUUAAACUGACUCACUUCUGCAGGUUGUUUAUGGUAACGCCUUUAAUAAUACAAUCAUACCAGCUAUCAUCCCGCAACCCACUGAAUCACUUGCCAAUCAUAACGUAUUGACAUCCGAUAAAUUUCUAUGAUUGGCUGGCGAAUAAAAGCAACGUGAAAAGCACGUGCUAAUUAGAAUCCAAAGCAGCCUGCGAACAGGGUUGCUUUCAUUGCACUGCCGGGUUUUCCGAGAAAGUUGCGUUAGUGCCAAGGUUUUCUUGCUUUAUAACCUUUAGUAAGAAAACAAAACUUUUAAGUGAGCGACAUUUCUACAUCGACAACACCCUUUGAUGGCUGAAGAAAGCAGAUCGGUGAGUUUGUAUAAUACUUGUUACCACCUGUUGUGUUAACCCAGUGAGUAGCAGUGUGCUAACAUUGCAAAUUAUUUUUGACUUUUCACAUAUAUAUUUUCAAGAUUUUAUACCUGUGUUUGUUUGUUUUUUUUUUUCACGAGUCGAGAAUCCUUGAAGGUCUUUUCUUUAGAACGUUAAGGGCUUUUUAUGGACAUCAGUAAUUUAUGUAUUUCAUAAAUAUAUUCCUCAAAUUGGUGGCAAAAUUGCACUAGUAGCUUUUUGUUCAAAUUCACUCGUCGUCGCUUCGCAACCAUCUUCCAGUCUUAACUUCGUAAAACAAUUUCACAGAUCCUAUGUGAAUGUGUCGCACAAAAAUACAGAAAACAAGCAGUAAAUAAGACUUAUUUAUGCGAUAUCAUCGUAGAAGGAUUAGUGGCAAUUAGUGUUUGUGACUUAACGAGAACUUAAAGGUGCUAAGUGGUUUUGUUGGGGAGCGGGGGACAGGUAAAUAAAUGGUCUUGUCUUGCGGGUUAUGUCCCCAAGCGUUGUUUUAUUACUCCACCUGUUCCGAGUUGAUGUGUUGAAGAGCGUCUUCUCCCGUGCAACUAGGAAAAUUGAUUUGGAAAAUGGUGGGGAAAAAUCAACAGAAAAGAAGUAUAACGACCUAAAUCAUGUCUGUUUUGAUAUCGACUACUUUUCGCUGUCUAUUCUAUCGGGGUUUCCACUAAUUAAUUCACUGUUAUUCCUUCCGGUGUUGGUUGCGUUUGCUAAAGGUGCAUGUGUCUUUUUCAUGCAAAUCACCAGAUUACACUUUUUCCUUUUAAUUAUUAAAUUACACUUAAAUAAAUUAUUACAGUUUUAAUGCUCUACACUGUUUUUAUUAUAUGUGCGAACCUGUUUUUAAACGCCUCCCGGCCUUCUUAAAUCCCCAGUCACGAUGAACUAAACGCCAGUUUUUCUCAUUCUCGUGUUCUUUUCUAUGAUGUUAUAACGGUAAGACAUUUGUGUGUGUUUUGUUCUUGUUUUGUUAGGCUGUGGACGAAAAGAAAGCUCGGAGAAAAGGAUCUUUGUUUUCUUUUGGAAAACUCUUCAAGUUAAUUUUGUUCUUGUUGGUAGCAGCUAUUGCUGUUGACAUCUAUAAAAACAAAGGCUAUAAAGGUACUCUUAAUUUUAUUAGUUUGUUGUCCGUUUAUUCUAACAUCUUUUCUUUGUAAUCAUGGGUUGCCUUAAUUUUCAUUUUCUUUCUUUUCUGUUGUUGGUGUGGGAUCCCUACUCGUCAACUCUUUUGCUACCCUGAUAUUGGUUUAGCCUGCGAACGGCAGACGUUUCUCCUCGCUCAUCGAAACGUCCCUCAGUGACGAUGCGCGAGCAGAAACGUCUGCCGUUCGCAGGCUAAUAUUGGUUGUUUACCAUUUACAAAACGUUCCCAGAAAAAUCAUGUUGGAAAGUAAAUGGAACAGGAGUAUUUCGAUCGUUCCAGCGGAUAAUUUUCGGGAGCAACGGAACGUCUGAAAAGUCCUGUCUUUCCAGACAGAAUGUUCCAAACGGAAAUUCGAGUUCCUUCUUUUCAAAUCCAUCUUUGAUACCAGUUUCAGGUUUUAACUGAUUUGUACAAUUGAUAAACGCGAUUCCAGACCGAAGUUUACCAGUCCUAAAUUUUGCCCAAACCGUUAACAGACCGAUUCACCCGUGUAAAUGGUAAACAACCAUUGUCCUUCCUUCAUUUAUUUAACAGCGAGCAAAACAGCGCAGAUUGCAAAGGACUAUGGUAUAGAAGAAGCGGCAUUGACAGGUUAUGGACAUACAGCAAAGAGUUUGAGUGCGGCAAACAGGUAGCUACUACAAGUGGUACUUGCUGUGUUUCUUUGAAAGAUGCGUUCGAUUGAUGGUAUUUCGUAAUAAGGAUAUACAGAAAUAUGUGACAAAUCUCUUCAAUCUGACCUGGAGCCCUUUUCUCGAAAGGGCCCGGUAACUUUUCGAGCCCGAAGGCAAAUUUUAAACUCAAAACCUGUUGAAAAAAUGCACAGUUCCUAGCUCCCAAACAGCUCAAUUUUGCUUCGUUAACUAAUAGUUUCAUUUUCAAUAAUUUAUGAUUGAAACUUUGAUAUCGAAUACCAACACGACAGAUAUAAAACAGCUUUCCGGGCCCGAAACGUUACCGGGACUUUCGAGAAAUGGGUUCCCGGGGGCCGGGUUUUUCAAAGCUGGAUUAAGAUAACCCAGGGUUAGCAGCUUCAAUUGAGACUGAAUGGAAUUUGCUUGUCAUUUAUUCCGAUAUAAGUUUUAAGCCAGUUAAGUUAUCCCCAAAUGUACUGGGGUGCGUUUUCGAGCGGAUUGGCCAUUAGCUUGUACACUUUUUGUUUUUUAUAAUUUAUUGUAAUAAUAGUUUUGCUCAUUUGCUGUUGCCGUAUAAUUAACACGUCCAAGCUCCUUCGUGCCCUAUAGGAGACUGACUCAGUUUAAAAGCCUUAGCAGAGCCGUGCAUUUCGUAGCCCCUAGCCUGAGACGCAGACACUCUAAACCCGCUGUAUAGAACGCCUGCGACGGACGGUACCAAUGGUCUAUGGUCUAGACGAUGUUGGGGCCAGCUGCAACUCAGGCUACGAUUCUUCCUUCGAAAUGAUGAUAAAUUAUGUCUUAUUUGUUUGCAGCUGGAUACAGGAAAACUAUCCUACGUACUACAACAAGUUUAGAGAAUACUCCGAUCCAGCAGCCGCCUUUGUCUGGGAGAAACUUGUAGUUGCUGGAACAUUUAUAGCGGACACAACCAAACCAGCUAGAAAUUAUCUUAACAAAAAAAUACCAGAGCUUUUAGAAAAGGUGAGAUGUUGACUAAGUGGUGUGUCAUGUUGCGCGGGUAAAAGUUGGUACUGAUUCUUUAAACUGAAAAUAGUUUUCAAAUCCCACAUGUCACGAUUAUUUAACGCGGAAUCGACGUCUAAUCAACAUAACAUGCUACAUAAUUAUUUUACUCCGCGUACGUGAUAUAGGCCGUGGGCUCAUGUUUCUCACUAAGACAAACUAAAAUAACUUCCCUGACAAACAGGACAUUGUGGUUUGCGCAUCAAAAAAUUUUGAAAUCUAUCACGUUCCCAGUUUCGCCCUUGAUAAAUCGAGUAACAAUUGCCAUUAUUAACUUUGACGCAAAAUUGUUUGAAAUUUUCGGUAUUGUAUUGUAUUGUUCCAAUGAACGAGUAACGUUGCGAACGAAGCCCUUUUUUCAGUCGCCGACUAACGGAAGACAUCCCCAUAUCAUUAUGAAAUUAACUUUAAAAAAAAAGGAAAAAGAAGAAGCAAAUUGUUACUAGUAGUCUGAAAUGGCAUUUUAACCCGCCUUUUCAUCUUUUCCCCGCAGAUCGAAACCGAAGCCCCAGUGUAUAUCGGGAUUGUUCGCGAUUACCUCACGGACGUCUGGAAUAGAUUGUGGCCGGUCGUUCAUAAAUACCUGGUGAUAGUUUGGGAUUUCUUAUCAGAGAACGUGCCAUUACUCCUUGCCAAGGUGCAAGAACUUUUAACAACCUUAGCUUCCAAGGUUUACGAACUUGCUCCGGAUUUCUUCUCCUCUGUGGCUUCCUGGUUUGCGAAACUCGGGGAGAAGAUCGUAGAGAAGUUGCCUGAUGUGUUAGCUGUCAUUCAGGAGUAUGCAGUAAUAGCUAUCAACUUGGCUGUAAAUCUUAUUAACAGUGUACUAGAGUGGAUUCAGAGUAUGGCUGGAAGGUACGUGGUCAGUCCGGGCAGUGUCGUAGCCUUUGUUUUCACAACCCUGUUCCCUAAUUCAUUAUACAAAACGUUUUGAUGCUACGGCUGGCUUAUUAACCCUUUCUCGACACACGGUUACAGGAAGAGAGCAGCAAGACCUCAAGUAGUCGCACUAUUUUAUCAGGGUUAGCGUCAAACCUCGUCUGCAGGGUCUCCCUCGCCUCUUGUUGUCCUCCUGUAUGUGUGCGCUGGCCACUCGGCUUAUCGAACAACAUUUGACAUCAGUGGAAAAUAGUAUUUUGCACUUAGCCAACUCGUAAUGUUCAUCCUUGAGUUUUCCUUAAACUGUUUUUUUUUAAUCCUUCCUUGAGUGUGAGAGAGGUUUUUUAAUGCACGCGUACGUUUGAUUAUAAUUAAACACUGACUCCGACAAAAGCUGUUCUACCUUUAUGAGAAUGAGGGCUUCUUGGCUGAGCUCAAGUGUAGAAUGGAAGACCAUUAUCAAUCACAGUUUGCGCCAGACUUCUCUUCUAAAGUCGUUCUCAAAUCACACAGUAAAACACCUUCCUGGUGUUCUGCCCUCGUUUUCUGUUUCAGCAACUAACCCUAGUUUACUUGUCUGUUGCAGCGCCGAAGUCGAAGACGGAGUUCAGCAGACACCACCGAUGACUGGAUCAUCAAAACCCGUGUAGUGAGUGAGAAGCUCGCCAGUACCAUCCCAAGGUGCCAGAUGAAAGAUCUCCGUGGCUCAGAAGGAGGAUUUCAAGACAACAAACCGCGACUGAUUUUUUAGCUUUUGUGUGAAAACGGAAUGGUCGCUUAGUCUUUGAUAUUUCCAUUGUGGUGUUGACCAGGAUAUCCUUAAGGUCAUUCAAACCUGUUAUCACACACGAUUAUCAAACUGCUAUCAAGAUACUGCUAAUUGCACAGAAGACUGAGUUCUCAUAAUAAAUUACUUCCGAUUUACUGUUACGAAAGCAUUGCGGAGUACUGAGUCCGUGAAACAGACGUCUCUCUCGUGGUUCUAGUCUGCUACACAGCCGUUUUUAGUGUCGUCACGCAACGCUUCUCCCCCACAAAAAUGGGAGCUGAAUUAUAAUUGGCUAAUCAUGGGAAAGGAAUGUAGUUCGGUUUUCAGCAGCCGUUAGUGGGGAGGAGCAUUGCGUGACGACACUGAAAACGGCUGUGUAGCAGACUAUCCUGGUUCUGACUAAAUCCAGGCUGAAUUGUCCAGCCAACAGAAAAAAAAACACUUUUAUAAAACCCAGCGAGUUUUUUCCGAGUUCCUUUUAUUAUAAGAUGCAUUUGAUUGACAAGUGCUUCUUGUGUGAACAAGUUACAUUUACGUGACCUUUCCCAUUUCUAACCUCGUUCUCCUUCCACGUGUAAAAAUAGAAAAUAUUUGGUGACGAAUUUACGGCAAGUCCUCCCUCCUUUCUAAGCUUCGUAUU